CAUUCAGGUGAUAUUUCUGAACGCAGUCAUAUGCGUUCAUGAACGCAUAUGGUUGUCUUUGUCUAUCAUCGCGAAGAUUUAUUUUCCAGCGAGUAGUCAUUAUUGUAUGUGUAGCCCAUGGACGGCAAUAUCAACAUGUCGCUCGACACGUCUCGGCGAUCUCGCAAGUCUACAACUGAGGUGACCACCGAGCACGUGGCAGAGGCCAAGUGCCCCGUGUGUCCGCGCAACAUGCAAGCAGCGACGCAAGAAAAAGUUGGUCCGUCGCCAAGCAAACCCUCGAAAGUACUCAGAACGUCGGCAACGCCACCGCCACCGCCACCGCCACCGCCAGCGUCACCGUCACCUCCACCGUCACCGUCGCCGUCACCUCCACCGCCACCGCCACCGCCACGAGGCGCAAGAGGAGGAAGAGGAGGAAGAGGAGGAAGAGGAGGAAGAGGAGGAAGAGGAGGAAGAGGAGGAAUGACACGAAAGCAAAUCAACGCAGCUGUUAGGAGGGAAAUGCAAAAGGAAAGGAAAAAAAGCGUACGCUGUUGGAACGUACGGACAACAUGGUUCUGCGUACGUUUCAUCAGCGUACGCUUCCACAGGAUACGCCGCAGCACCACCGCCGCCUCCACUGUCAUAUCCGCUGCCUCCACCGUCGUACCUACCACCGCCGCCUCCACCGUCGUAUCCGCCGCCUCCAGUGUCGUAUCCGCCUCCAAUGUAUCCGUAUUAUUAUCGCGGUUAUUAUUAAAAGAGAUGUAAUUUUUUUAUAAAUAAAAAUUUUUAAUUGAA